CACUCUCAAACUCUGGUCUCCAGCGUAUGCAGACCUCACUGUCGCCCCGGCACGUCAAGUCAAGUCGAUUUCACCUUAAUGUCUGCAGAAGGAAGGCGUUUGAUUGACGGGCAGAAAAGCUGCCUGCGAGGAUGGUUCUGGAGAUUCGCUGGGGACCUGUGCACUUUGUAUCGACAGCAGCCAGUCCACGUCAAGGCUGUGGGAGGGGAGCAGCCACACUUGCGCAGUGAGUGUGCCCGCGAGAGCAUUCGGCUUCUGGAGCUUAUUUGGAAAGUGCUUUAAUGACGUUCAACAAUGUCAGAAGAUUUUAAGAGGAGAUUAGAAUUUCAAAAUGUAACAAUCCAGUCACAGGCUGUGGGACAUCUGGUUGCUGCUGUGUUGAAAGAAAAGGGGUCGUUGUCUCUGAUAAAUCAUGCUUCAGAUCAGAGCCCAGCGUUGAACCUGUUAUGGGAGAAGUGUUGCAGUGACAAUGUGGUGGUACGGACUGCUUGCUGUGAAGCAUUGGCUGCACUUGUUGCACAGAACCACGCUGAUUUUAAUUACGUGCUCAAUGGAAUUCUGAACCUAAUUCCUUCUGCCAGCAAUGUCCAAGGCUUGAUUCGAAGUAUCAGUCAACUGCUGCAGAUGCAAGCACAGGGAACUGAUCCAAAUGAUAAAACAGUGUAUUCAUGUCCAUAUGCCAUCAGGAACCCCCCACAUCCUUUUGUUUUUGUAUUGGAGAACCGACCCGACAGCUGGCCAUUUCUCCUUCAGCAGAUAGCUUCCAUUUUUCGACAACCUUCGAAGAGGUUAAAUGCAUCCAUUGUGCAAAUGAUGGCACCAUUUUUCAAAUAUCUGUACUGUGAACCCUGCUGCCUGCGAGAGAACUCUGAGCUUCGACUGAGCCUUCUUCAGAUUGUACUUCAAAGCCAAUCUCAAGAGCAACAGAAUGCACCUACUCUCUUUACCCAGCAGGUCCUCCAACUCUUCUUUGAUCUUGUUCCUCACUUGCAGGUAACCAGUUUGGCGCAAGUUACAGAAGCCACCAUAUUUCUUCAAGAGUUAUCGCUAGCAUUCCUCCGCCAUGCUCAUUUUUGGAAAUCUGAGCUCGCCCAGAUAUCUCUGCAAUUGCUGUGUGUUUGUGAAGUUAGCCUGAAAAUCACAGGAGAGCUCUCCUCACUUAUUCACCAAAUUCAGAUGAUUGUCGACGAUGUUCCUGAGAGUAUUCCUGCUGAAGAAAUGCUUGUGGGACUAAGCCUCCUUCUGCUACAGACUCCAGUGUGCCACCAAGAACCCAUUUUAAAUCUUGCACUGAAGAUCCUCUCUUUGUCAUCUGUGCAAAAUCUGCUCAAGGCAGCUCUGAUACUGGUGAUGCCAUUACUUCAGAUAGCAUCCUCUGUUAACUAUACAUCAAGUGCAGAGGUGGGACCAGCCACCCAGGAACUGGCUGAGAAACUCCUUGAUAUUAUCCAGAAUGAGGAACGAAAAGACUUGACUAGCAGAUCGAAGCCUUCUUGUGAACUUGUAUUCCCUAUAACUAGUUGGUAUAAAACUAUUUUUGCAACUUGGAAACUUUUGGAUGAUUUCAGUACGGAUGUGAAAGCUGCUUCUGUUUGGCUGUCUUCUAUCAAGUCAACAUUGGCUCUGAAUGACAAAGUUCCUGAACACAUUGCUCUCCUGAUUGCCUAUAUAAUUUUAAAAGAGGAUGCAGAGUCUCUUCGUAUUGCUCUGGACACUGCCAAAGACUUGGCAAAAGCUGAUGCUUCCCAGGUACCACAUCUCAUUUCUGUUCUGAUGUUUAAGUUGGGAAGACCGCUGGAACCAACCCUGUAUCAUGCUAUUCUUUAUACGCUUCCUGCACUGGGCACACACAAGGUUUGUGUAGCUCAGAUAAUUCGUGCUUUACAAAUGCUGUGGAAAACAACACGUCUUAAAGCUGUGUCUCUGCGUCUGAUGACAAUUCUAUGGGAAAAUCAGGAUCGUGUUUAUCCAGAACUGCAAAAGUUCAUGGCAUUAGUUGAUGUGUCCUCAGUAUCAUGUGUUAAAGAGGACCAUUGGGAACAGAUGAUAGCCAAAGCAGCGACAAUCAGGGACAUCUGCAGGAAGAGGUCUUACCAGCAUGGAGCUGAUAUGUUGGCAGCAAUCUCCAAGGUACUGAGUGAAUGUACAAGACCUGACCAGGUCACCCCCGCCGUUCUUGUCCUUCAGGGACUGCAUGCAUUAUGUCAAGCUGAGGUGGUGGAUAUUCGUUCCACAUGGUACGCUUUGUCCCCAAAGCUCAGCUCUGACACACGACCUCUGGUUGUCAAGGCCCUGACUGAACUAUUUGCUCUCGUUCCUUUGCUCGCUGUGAAGUCUCCCGAAUAUGAGAAAUUCAGAGCGCAAGUUAUAAGCAUAUUGUGGAGCCACACCCAGAGUAAGAACUCACUUAUUGCCAGCUCUGCAUACAAGGCCCUUUCGGCAUUCAAGUCUGAGGAGUAUACAGUUCUUCACCUGCCAGAACAGGUAAGGCCAGAAAGAAAGCCUGAUUAUGACAAUGAUGAGAUGGAUAUGAAUGUGGAUGAAGAAGAAGAAAAGGAAGAAGAUCUUUCAGUCCCUGGAGCAUCGUACAUGAAGCUGCUUUUAAUGACACCUCUGCCUGUGCUUUCUGCUUUUGAAGAGUUUUUGACAUCUCUCGUGACCCAAGAAUUAAUGGUGAUGCCCCGUGGGGUCUACUACUCGGCACUUCGUGGAGGAACUGUACGCUCUGACCAAGGCAAGACUGUGGCAGGGAUUCCUAACUUCAUGCUGAAGACGUACGAAAAGAACAAGCAACCUGGACUAAAAUCUGGCCUGGCAGCUGGUUUAUUACUUUGUUAUGAUCUACAUGUUCAGACGGAUAAAGAUGGCAAGCCUAUUAAUCGCUUUCUGGUGAGCCGGGGCCGGAGCUACCAGCAAAUGCUUGCAGCCCUUAUCCACGAGGUGCCUAUCCAACCUUCUGAAUGGCAUAAAUCAAUUUUACUAUCCCAAGCUUGGCUAGGUUUCAUGGGGCGAACGUACCAAGCAGUUCUGCAGGGGAGACAAGCUGAGCUGGAGAUGCAGCAGAAGCAUGGGAAAGAUGAUCCUGAAGAGCUGCAGUACAAGCAGUUUGUUUCCUGGCUCUGGGUCAGGGACCUGCUGACUGAUGUAGUUAAAUCAGCUUCAAAGGACAGCCCUGUUGUGCAGGGAAAUUCCAUCCUCGCUUUGACUGGACUGGCUGUGACUGUGGGCAAAUACGAAAGCAGCUUGCCCUCAGAAGCUCAUGAUGCACCAGAAAUUGGGGCUGACAUUUUACCAAUGGAGCACUGGAUUUCAAUGGUGGUGGAGACACUACUGAGCAUAGUUGACAGUCGCUAUCGUCCAAAGGGGCGCAUCUUUCCAUGGUUUCAACAUAAAUCCUACUCCGGGGAGAAUACAGCCAGUGCCAUAGCUCGCUCGUGUGCUGCCAUGGCUUUAACCCUCCUUGUACCCGUCUUCAUCACUUCACGCAAAGAGAGCAUCGAAGAGGUCCUGGGCAUUCUCAUUGCAGGUCUGCCAGGAAAACCGAAUGCUGACACCUCCCAAGCUGUUCUGUUUCACAUGGGAUUAGCUGCAGGAAUGUUUCUGAGUCGCCUGUACGAGGAGCGAAUGAGUGAUGUCUCCGGGCAGAAGAUGAAUUUACUGCUCAUGAAGUCACUGGAUGCUCUGGAGAAAUGUUCAUUUGAUACCAGCUUGGAACACCAUACAGGCUGCAUCCUGGGAGUGGGGCUGGUUCUGUCCCUGAUGAGCCAAAGCAGCCAAACAGAGAGCCGUGUGCAUGUGUCUGUCACUCUUAGUGAACUCUGUCGCAGCUUGGAUGAAAGUACAUCUCAGAGCAGGGUAUACCAAGAGGUAUUGGCUUAUUCAGUGGCAUGUGUGAGUGUUUCUGCUUUCAGUGCUGGGAUCAUACAAGCUAAUGAGGCUGAAGAGAUCAUGAUCAAGCUGCGGACUUUGACGGAACAGAGCCAACAGACUGCAGGUUUUGCCAUGGCUCUGGGAAACAUAGUUCACGGCUUGGCUGCCUGUGGACAUGGCAAGGCUGAAGACCUUAGCAAUCGACUACUUCCUGCUUGGCUGAAGAUACUCCUCGCUGAGGGUUGCCCGACAAUGCAUCGAUUAGCUGCAGUAAAUGGUCUUGUUGCUUUGGUGGGAUCUGAAAGCUCCCUAACACAGCUGAAGUCAGAAACAAUCCAGUCAUCCCAAUUUCAAUCGAAAAUGAAUGAAGUCAUAAGAGCAAUGACUCAGACAAUUAGCUUCUCUGGAGUAAUUGGACUCCAAUCAAAUGCUGCCUAUGCUUUAGGACAUCUACAUCUGACCAACAUGUCAUCCAGUCAGAGCCGGACAUCAGUGCCUCCAGACUUUGGCUAUUUGCCAGAAAGAAGUGUCAUCAGAUCUGCCACUGACUAUGUUAUUGAAGCAGGAAAGAAAGGACCUGGGAGAAUUCCUGCCCAGCUCGUGAAGGUUUUGUUGGGUCCCAUUGCUGGAUGUGGGAACAGUUACCAAUAUCCACCUGUUAAUUGGGCUUCUAUGCUUUCUCCGCUUAUAAGACUGAAUUUUGGUGAAGAUGUUCAGCAGCACUGCAUUGAAAUCGCAGUCACCCAGGCUCAGACAUCACAGAGUGCUGCAAUGUUCUUAGGCAUGUGGGUGGCACCACCAUUAGUGUACAGCCUUAAUCUGGAGACAAGAAAGUACCUCUUUAUAUCUCUUGCUUCCUGGAUGAAACAUGUGCCAGAAGAUAAACUUCAAACGUUUGUGGAAGUGCUUGCAGUCCAAUGCUUUACCUCGGAGAGCAGGCAGAAAAGCCCAGACCUUUGUCACGCCGUUCUACAAGGGCUGCAUGAAGCAAUGAAGGUUCCAACACAAGUGCAACACAGCUGGAGCAUAUUGUGCAAAAGCGUUGAGACAAUUUUUGAACUGCUGCCUAAUGAAAUCCAGGUCAAUGAACUGAAGUUUUAUGUUGGAAUUGCCAACUGUCUAUCUGAACUGGGUGAUACGGAGGUAGACAGAAUAACCCAAGUUACAAAGGAUACAAUUACAAAGAGUACGUUUGUCCGGGCAUUCCUGGUUUCUCAAGGCCGGGUUCCGUUGCUGUGUCUUAAUGAUGUUAUUGCUGCUGCGGUCGGCAGCUGUCACAUGGAGACUGUCAUCUGGAUUAUGUUGCAGAGUUUUUACCAGUGUCGACUCAUCAGCCACCAGAACACAGGUGUAAUAAAGCGGAUGGAAUGGCUGUUGGAGCUGAUGGGACAUAUCCGAAACGUUGCUUAUGGGUCAGCUCCUACGCAGAAUGCAGAUCCAAAAGAGACUGUGGGCUUCCUGCUGAGGGUAUUUGCUGCUGCUGCUGCUGCGUGGAGUGAUCAUACGACGCCGCUGAUGCUCGGUGUUCGGGCCAGCUGGGUGCCACAGAGCGAGGAGAAAAAUCUCAUCGACUGCAUGCAAUUGUCUCAAGGCGGAAGUUCGGUGCAAUCCUUGUCUGUGCAACAAUGUCUUUACCUUCUACCACAAAGCAUCCUCUUACUGCUGGCUAAAGAACCCUGGAAAGACCAUACACAAAAGUUCAUUGAUUGGCUUUUUAACAUGGCAGAAUGUCCACAAGGAGCAUUAUCACUGGAUAAAUUGAAUAUGAUCAAAGCUACAGUGCUGGCACUGCGGUUUUUACCUGAGUACAGGAAGAAGGCUAUCUGGACGCGUGCAUAUGGAUGGUAACUGGCACCUUUUUGAGGGUUAAUCUGGUCAGCUUUAAGCAGGAGCCUACACUUGCGAGGAAGUGAAAACUGCGAGGAAAGGCUUGAUGAUGCACUCAAGUGGCAAGAUACCAAAUGUGUUACAAAACUAUUAAGACCAAGCUGUUUGCUGUGAAUGGAUAAGUGGCUCAAGAACUUGUACCUCCAUCACUGUGUAUGUCAGAGAUAUCUUAUGCACUUUCUUUACAGAAACAAAUUGCCUCAAAUAGUGCAUAAAACUACAAUUAUACUAAUGGAUUUUGUUUGUUAUUGAAGAGUUCACCAAAAUAUAAGGGAUACAUUUGGAAACAGACAGAUUCGUUUCUGUUGAAAGUUUUGUUCCCUGCUUCAAGCUGUUAGUGUUCUUUCUGCAAAUACUUAUCACAAGAAGUUGGCCAAGAUUCUGAUCACUUCAUGCCAACAUAUUGUUUGCUGCAAAAUAUAAAUACAAAUGCGAAUCAGAAUGAUGAAAUAAAAGCAUCAAUUCAUGUGCAAAACCUGUAAACCUGAAAUUCUUCUGUUGAUAUUAAUUCAAGCAAUAAUACAAGUUGGUGCAAGGUCGAGGGCCAAAGGGCCUGCGCUGCACUGUAAUGUUCUAUGUAAUUAAAGACUGGGAUCCUGAAAUGUUCUUUGCAUUAUACUGUUUCAAGUUGUAUCUCCAAGUGAGAGACACAGCAUACUUUAAGGUGGAUACUGUGACUAUGUCCAGUCUGAACUACAGUUAAAGGUUUUGUUUGCAAAGUGGGAGCAGCCACUGCCUGUUAUAAUUCAGGGAGCCUGGCUGGAAUGGAACAUUUUUCCAAGUAUGGGGAUGACAAACACGAGGGGACACAACUUUAAAGUGAGGGGGGAUAGGUAUAAGAC